AUGCCUGGAAGAGGAGUUGAGGCUGUGAUCACUUCUCCUUCUCCACGCUUUCCAUUUGCUUUCGGGGUUCGUGGUCAUCGAUGGCUUUUUGCCGUCGCCGUCGUUGAUGUCGCCAUCGUCGUUGUUGUCGUCACCGUUGUCGUUGUUGUUGCCGUCUCCGUUGUUGUUGUCGUCGUCGUUGUCGUCGUCGUCGUCGUCGCAUCGCCUAGAACCGCAAUGCUCAGCGCUGCGCAUUCGCUGUUUUAUCCCACAUUAGACUCGGGCCUGGGUAUGCUGCUGCGCCUUCUCUGCACCUUGCACCUUGCUCCUCCAGCCUCCUUUUCCUCCUCCUCGGCCCUGUCCACUGCCCAGUCCAGUCCAGUCCAGCAAAGUCAAGUCGGCGUAGUCUCCGUUCCGUCCUUAUCAACUCCCCUUCGAUUCCACAUACACCUCUACAUCAAUAUCCAUACCACAACCUCCACGACACUACGAUCAGACGAUGUUGGUUUGCGAGACUCGCCAGAACUCCAGCAGCCCAUGAAAUACAACCUGGUUUACUCGCCAGGUUCAGAGCCAGACGUGCCUCCGCCUUCCGCUAGUGCUGAAUCGAGCCCUGGCCCGGAGGAUCGUCGCGAAGGCCCUCCACGAUUCAAAUCCCGCCCCAGUCCCGGCGAUGCAGUACUGAUCACCCUCAUGGCGGGAGGGAAAUACCAGGACAUUGCGCGCGACGCAGGAGAAAAAUCGCUGGCUUCGGGAAUCGAGGAGGAAGGGCAUAAACUAUCACCGGUGAGGGGGGGUACGGACGUGGUGAUCUCAAGCCUAGAGGACAAACAGGACAGCGCGACUGUCAUGGAAGAAGCUGUCGCGCAAAGCAAUGGCGUGGUGGAUCUGGCGACCAUAGCUGCGAUGCAGACACUUGCUGCAGAUGCUUUGAGGCAGGCCGCGAAAGGGAGUCCAGAGCCGGCGCAAGAGGCUGCUCCCCCGCCGAAGAGCCCCAGACCGAAGGUCGAAGUUGAUUCUGAACCAAGGGAGGGCCAAAUUCCGACUGCGGUGCCUCCAAUAAAGACAUUGUUUGUGGAUGGUGCAGCGUCAGCUUCAGCUUCACAUAUUUCGCCCGACAGGGCCCACGAUAUGGUCGCGUCGCCCGCUGGAGAGCUGCCACCGAUUCGGCACUCGCCGCAAGCGAUUUUGACGAGCGGCGCCGGUCCAAGCCAAAUCACGUUGCCAUCCAUCUCUGCUCAGCUUGGGAAUUUCGAGCACCUUGCCGAAGCUGCCGAGCCUGUAUAUUCAACAUCCCCACCAGGAAGACCUCCCCAGCGGUUUUCAGCGGCUCCAACCCAUAGCUCACCUCCCAAGUCACCGAACGACGUGUUUCGAGGACUCCCAUCACCUGGUCGAAAUCUCUUCUACCCGGCCUAUACCAACGGUCACCGGAGGCUUUCCCAAGGUAACGAUAGUCUACCUCAAUAUCAAAGUCCUGUGGAUUACCAUGGUAGCAGUAGCACGGAGGCUCCAGGUUCGGGGACCGAUGGAGCAGGCGCACUUCCUGCUACUAUGGCUAUUGAUCGUAUGAGUAUUGAUGGAAUAACAAAUCCGCAAAUUGGAGGCUUUCAAUGCACGCAUCCCGGGUGUACGGCACAGCCAUUCCAAACCCAGUAUCUCUUGAAUUCUCACACGAAUGUACAUUCACAAAACCGACCGCACUACUGCAGCGUGAAGGGGUGUCCACGAAGCGAGGGCGGAAAGGGGUUCAAGCGAAAGAACGAGAUGAUCCGGCAUGGGCUAGUCCAUGACUCUCCCGGCUAUGUCUGCCCUUUCUGUCCAGACAGAGAGCAUAAAUACCCUAGACCGGAUAACCUUCAGAGGCAUGUGAGAGUACACCACGUAGACAAAGAUAAAGAUGAUGCCCAGCUCCGGGACGUUCUAUCUCAGCGACCCGAAGGUCCUAGCAGAGGGCGGCGCCGGCGAGGGACCGCCUCAUGA